CGCCUGCCGGUCCUUUAACAAUGGGCGGCGCGAGCGCCCCGGCGCUGGGCCCGAGCUGAGGCCGGCGCUUCGCGGCCGACUGUCCGCAGCAUGAGCGGGGCCGGCGUCCCCCGCACGCUGGCGGGGCUGGGCCUGUGAGGGCCGCGGUUCCGGACUGAAGUUGCCGCGUCUGGCCAGGCGCGCCGCCCGGUCCCAUGGAGCUGGAGGGUCAGUGGUGGCGGGGACAGCUGGCUGCAGAUAUCCAUCAAGCUCUUCGAUACAAGGAGCUGAAGUUACCUUCCUACAAAGGCCAGUCCCCUCAACUAAGUCUUAGAAGGUAUUUUGCUGACUUGAUUGCCAUUGUGAGCAAUCGUUUCACCCUCUGCCCUUCUGCCCGACAUCUUGCUGUCUAUUUGCUGGACCUGUUUAUGGAUCGGUAUGACAUCUCUAUCCAGCAGCUGCAUUUAGUUGCACUUUCCUGUCUGCUUCUAGCAAGUAAAUUUGAAGAAAAAGAAGAUAGUGUGCCUAAGCUGGAGCAGCUCAACAGCCUGGGUUGUAUGACUAAUAUGAAUCUAGUAUUAACAAAACAAAAUUUGCUACAUAUGGAACUAUUAUUAUUAGAAACCUUUCAGUGGAACCUCUGCCUUCCAACAGCUGCCCAUUUCAUUGAGUAUUAUCUCUCCGAAGCUGUGCAUGAAACCGAUCUUCAUGACGGCUGGCCAAUGAUUUGCUUGGAAAAAACUAAACUCUACAUGGCCAAGUAUGCAGAUUACUUCCUGGAAGUAUCUUUGCAAGAUUAUGCCUUUCUAAAUUAUGCACCUUCUUUAGUAGCUGCAGCAUGUGUGGCUUCUUCAAGGAUUAUACUUCGUCUUUCUCCAACGUGGCCUACAAGACUGCAUCGUCUUACUGCUUACUCCUGGGAUUUCUUAGUUCAGUGCAUUGAACGGCUAUUGAUCGCUCAUGACAAUGAUGUGAAAGAAGCAAACAAACAGAGAGGACAGGCAGGACCUCAGCCAGCACAACUAAGUGUGUUCCAGACAGCCUCCCAGCCCUCUCGGGCAGUUCACUUUCAGCAGCCUCAGUAUCUCCAUCAGACGCAUCAGACCUCGCUGCAGUAUCGCCAUCCUGUAUCGGAACAACCAAGCUGUCAGCAGAUUGUAUCUACCACACACACCUCAUCUUACACACUACCGACAUGUCCUGCUGGCUUCCAAACUAGUGUUCAGGGCCUUGGGCACGUGCAGACUGGUGUUGGGAUGUCACUGGCAAUACCAGUAGAAGUUAAGCCCUGUCUUAAUGUUUCUUAUAACCGGAGUUAUCAGAUAAAUGAACAUUACCCUUGCAUUACUCCAUGCUUUGAAAGGUGAUUUUAUGAGAAGGUAAGACUGGUAACCCAGACUGUUUGUGACUCAAAGCUUUUUGUAAACUUCUCUUCAAAAGCAAAGGGAUCCAAAUGGCAUCAGAACUCUUCCGACACCAGCACCAGGAAGACUGAAUAUCCCUUCCAAUGCACCAUGAAUAUCUGGGAGGACUAAGCUAACACUGCAAACACUUUAACAGUGUGUAUGUCAAAUGCUGUUAAAAUACAUCCUUAUAUGACACAAAUUUUAAAGCCCCAACUGAUGGUCCAAAUAUUUCAAAAACAUUCAACACAAGAGAAAACUUGGACAGACUUCAAUUUGCCGUUUUGUGAUUUGACCUGUGGUGGCCUCGGCCUAAAGUUGGCUUAUAUGUCAGAAACUAAUGUUUAUCUGUGGACUUGCCAAACAGUCUUCUUAUGAAGGAAAGUUACAGUAUUAAUUUUUGAAGAGGUCCUUUUUUUUAUUCUGCAGUUUUGAGUUAUAUUUUUGAUCUACAAAUGAAUUUCUGACUAAGUUUAAACUCAUGAAUUGCUAUGAUAUACCAGUCUGUGCAGUUAAAAAAAUUUUUUUUAGAUAUUCUAUAUAACUUCCUUAUCACAGGUAGUAUAGGUAUCUGGAUUUAUGUACUAAAAUUAAGGGUGGAGUAGCUCUCUUAUCUUAAAAUCAUGGUCAUAAAUUUUUGUUGUUUUUUCCCCUAAAGAUCAGCCUCAAAUAUUUAGAAUUAAACACAUUUAACUCAGGGAAUUUGAACUACUUGGAAACUCUUAACUGUAAUGCAACAUGCUUUGGGAAUGUUAUAGUAUGAACUACCUUAAUAACAUAGGUUAGUAUACUCCUGCUAGAAUGUGUUUUCAAACGAGAACAUAAUUGUAUCCUAGAAUGAAUGAAGUGGUGGUUCCUAUCAUUCAUAAUACAUAUAUGAGUUUUGCAUUUCUCAGUGCAAUCAAUGAUUUAUACUCAGAUUUGAUAUUAUUCUAAAAAAGUUUUUUCAAGGGAAGGCAAAACUGUAAAAUGUCAGUACUAGAAUAAAGUCCCAUAGGUUUAUUUUGAAGUGGAACGUGGCCAGGGUAGUUCUCAGGUUGUGCUAGAGCAGCACUUUGUUACAUGGAAGACAGGUUUUACAAGCAACCUUUGAAUCCAGCUAGUCAAGAGUAAGCAGGCAAAGGUGACUUUCAUUAGAUUGGCCCCAGGACUGCCCUGGGACAUGUCACUAUACUGGUGAUGAGUGAAAACAGCAAUAAGUCAUUACAGCAAGGGCAAUUUGGGGGUAAAGAGUUUGGAGGGAAUAAACUGAAAAAGUAAAAAGAAAAAAAUCAUUGUAAUAACUGAAACUGUAUACAUUGUGCUCUUAACUGUGGGAGAAGAGAUAUUUGGUGGAGGGAAGCUUUCUGAUUUAAAAAUUAGUAAGUUGUGUCUUUUUGUUUGUGUUUUUUUAAAGGUAGCACUUGAAUAGAAGGGAAACUGCAUGGCAGGUAUGUAACUGCCACAAUAUGCAUUGAAGACAAACUUAUUAUAAAGAUGUUGUGGGUAUGCAGCAGGAGUCUCAGUAAUCAAGCCAAUGGCUUUUGUUAGGAAGGGAAGGGACUCAACACAGCAGCGGAUCGAUCCAGAUGGCUCCAGUAGAUGAAUGUGGGUGGGUGGCUUCUGUCAGCAUGAAUUCUUAGAGAAUAUCCUUUCCUUUAAAGAAAGGUAACUUUUAGAGUACAUAAGUACAUAGGGCAUGAUGUGGAGUUAUUAGUCUGGUAGAUAAAAUGAAAAACCACUCAGGUAAGAACACUCACUCAUGGCAGUUUUCAAGCAUGAAAAUUGUUUUCUGAAAGUAUCACCACUUUCUCUUUACAGAAGGCUGCUAAUUGGAUUUUGGUAGUUCUUACCUCAACAGAACUUGAAUUAUUUGGGGGAAGGUGGGUUCAAAAGAGAAUAUAUCAUUCACAUUCAGAACCUAGCAACCUGGACCAAUUUUCAGUAUUUUAACUACCUCAAUAAUACUAUGAAUGUAAGAUACUGGGAUAGAGAUCCCAACUUGAAACAACAACUGGUGCCUAUGGUAAUUUAAUGUCUUGUCAAAUGCUUUUACUGACUGGUUUAAAUGUCAUUCUUGUUAUAGAAUAUGCCUUUUUAAAAAUCCUAUAAUAACACUUUCCCAGUUUAUAUUUAAAAAAGCUAAAGAACACUGGAUUAAUUUGGGGGGGGGCGGUGUAGAGUAAA